AUGACGAAUUCAGCACAAGCUGUUAAACUUCGCUUUCUAGCUUCCACUGUUAUCUUGUUCACUAGUGUGAAUUUCGCUGAAUGGAGCGAACAAGUCACACUUUAUUUAGGUGCUUUGGAUCUUAACUUGGCACUAUUAGAGGAUAAGCAUGUUGACCUUAAUGACAAUAAUACUGAGACUGAAAAGGCACACCAUAAAGCAUGGACAACAUCCAAUAGUACUGAAAAUCAAAAUGCUAAAGAUGUUCUUAAACUGGUGGAAGAAAAGUUUCAUUCUGCUAAUAGGGCACUUGCAGGGACACUUAUGGCUAAACUUACGACUAUGAAGUUUGAUGGGUCAAAGAGUAUGCAGCAAUAUGUCCUUGACAUGACAAAUACUACAGCAAGACUUAAGUCACUGGGUAUAAUAGUGGAUGUCUCCUUCUUAGUACAAUUUAUCAUGAACUCACUUCCUACUGAAUACGGGGCAUUUCACAUCAAUUAUAACGUAUUGAAGAAUAAGUGGAAUAUUGAUGAAUUGUCCAAUAAGCUUAUUCAGGAGGAAGAAGAAUUAAAGAAAUAA